AAUUUAAACCGAAGCCGCGGCCGAGGGCGCCUGGAGACUGAUAAUGUACUCGUGGAACUUCCGUCGGCGCUCGGACGUCUGAAAUCGCUCAUGGAGCCCGCGAAUAUAACGCGGAGGCCUUGAGGAAGGAGUACGGAGGCCGAGAAGGAGCCGAGAACUUGAGGAGGGAGCCAGGCAAGGGUACGGAUGCCGGGAAGGGGAAGAUGGGGCGACGGCAGAUUCUCUGAGCUGCAGAGUUCUAUGGCGGAGAGUAGGCUCCGGGCUUCGGACCUAGGGACUCAGCUGGGAGUUUCCAGUUGUCUGGAAAAAUGCCAGAAGAGCUCACCAGAUGCUGGGAGGCAGCCCUUCUCUGGAAAGUCCUUUUAUCUGGAUCUGCCUGCCGGCAAAAGUCUCCAGUUUUUGACGGGGGCCAUCCAGCAGUUCGGUGGGGUAAUUGAGGGUUUUCUGAGCAAAGAAGUAAGUUACAUCGUGUCCAGCCGCAGGGAGGCGAAAGCAGAGAGCAGGGGGACAAGCCCCAGAGGCUGCCCCAGCCCCAGCAAGGUCAGAGGACAGACACCGUCCGUGGCCCAUCCGAAGGGCGGCCACACCAGGCCUUCGCAGAAGGCUGCAGACUCGGUGCCUAGGAGCAGAGGCAAGGAGCUACUGCAGAAGGCCAUCAGAAACCAGGAGAGUGGCAGCAGGGGAGGUGGCGGGAGAAGCAGCAGUCUCCUGACCAGUGCCCGCGCCUGGGGAGUGAGGAUUCUGCACGUGGACGAAAUGCUGAUGCACGUGCAGCAGCUGUCUCUUGAUGCUCUGUGUGUGAAGAAACAAGGGCCAAAGAAGAAGCCAGAGGUGGGUCGUCCUGCUGAACUGAAGGGAAAUGGACAGUCUGCAGUGGUGAAGUCUGUGACAACUUCGGGAACAUGUCCAGCAGAGUCAAGAAUGCGGAAAGUGGCCAGGCUGAAGGCACCGUUCCUCAAAAUCGAAGAUGAGAGCAGGAAGUUUCGUCCCUUCCACCAUCAAUUUAAGUCCUUUCCUGAAGUUUCUUUUCUGGGACCCAAAGAUGCAAGUCCCUUUGAGGCCGCGAUGACCCCAGGCAGCUCGCAUCAUACCAGAGAACCCAAGGACCGUGAGCCGAGCCUGCGAUCGGCCACCCGCACCCUGCCCAGGAGGAGGAAGGGCUUCUGUGAGUGCUGCCAGGAGGCCUUUGAGGAGCUCCACGCGCAUCUCCAGAGCACCCGGCACCAGGGCUUCGCCCUAGAAGCCCACCUGUACGCAGAAGUCGAUCGGGUCAUUGCCCAGCUUGGCCACAGCUUUGCCGACGCCCCCUCCUGGGCCAGCCUCCCCAGGCAGCCGGGCUCCCCGUCUUCCGAUGGUGACCCUCUGUGGCCUGAGACUCUGCCUCCCGGCCAGCCCUCCCAACCCCGGGCCGCGUGUCCGGGGAUGAGACAGGAAGACGAGCUCCCGGCCCCGGGCGCCCCAGAGCAAGCCGGCUCGGAGGGCAGUGUGAAGCCACCCGCCGAACCCGUGGGGGCUGGCCGGAUGCCGGGACCAGUAGCAAACUGCCAGGAGCUGGGGGGCUCAACGGAUGUCAUUGCAGACCCCCCAGGGACGCCAGGGUCUGAGAGCCCUGUACAUCAGUACCUCCGGACACGCUCUGGUUCUGCGGAAUUCUCUGGCCUGGACGUGGCCCCUGUUGGCCACAAGCGGAAGGUUCAGCUCCCCGGUGGCAAUCCCGAGAAGCGGUCAGGGGUCUCCCAGCCACAGGCCUCGUCCUUCGUCCUGAGAGCCCGGAGCCCCUGUGGCACCAGGACAACCGGUGGCAGGCCUGUCCUCUGCCUUCCCCUUCCAGGCCGCGAGCACAGGCCCUUGGCCUCCCUCCUCCCCGUCCCAGAGCCCCUCCCCUGGCAGCCCACGGAGAGGCCAGCAGAGCCCCCUUGGCCCGGGGGAGGAUGGCCCCCCGGGAUCUGAGGAGUCUGAGCAUGCGCCGGCUGGCUCCCGGCCAGCUGUCAGCCCGCCUGCACUCAGCAGAGGACAUGCGGGCCCCGGGGGGACCUGCGAGGGCCAGUCCGCCAGUGGAGGAGCUGGCUGCUCCCAGUGGUCCUGCCCCCCCACCCCCCUGCGUCUCCCAGCACCCACAGAGGACUGUCCCAGGAGUUCCCUGGGGCCGCAGCAGCCCCCAGCCUGAGGGCCAGAGACACAGAUCCUAGUGCUACCUCUGCGGAGGGUGGCCGGGGAGGGGAGCGCCUCAGGCCUCCCCGCCAGAGCCGGAAGAGCCCGGGGCCUGGCCUUUGAAGUCCAGGUGAACAGCUGUGGUCACGGCCGAGCUCUGUGGGGUCGACAGAGCCUGUCCACCCACUCGCCGGGGUCUUGGGGUGGGUACCAAGAGAGUCUGGGCUGGGGGGCCGCUCUCUGCCCCUACCUCCAGCCGUGUCCCGGACUGGCGGCUGGCUACGGUGCGCUUCUCCCUGCCAGCCCCACCCGCUCCAGGAGGCA